AUGCAGAGGCCGCGUUGACGGCACUGGAAGCAGCAGCAGAGCAGGCCAGGAACAAGAACAGCAAUGAACUCGCCGCCGGGCGACGACGGAGGCGGCAGCGCGCACGGCUUAUUCGGGUCGGGCGGCAUCCGCGGGUUCGGCUACGGCGUCGGCGUGUCCAUCGGCAUCCUCCUCGUGGCCACCACCAUCGCGCUCGCCAUCUACUUCUGCACGCGCACCUCCAUGCCCGAGUCCGCCGCCGCGCCCGCGCCGCCGCGGCAGGGCGGCGACGCCGAGCGGGGCAUCGACGAGGCCACGCUCGAGGCGUUCCCGGCGGUGGCCUACGCGGAGGCGAGGAAGGCGGCGGCGAACCAGGCGUGCUGCUGCCCCGUCUGCCUCGACUGCUACGGCGACGGCGACGUGGUCCGGGUGCUCCCCGACUGCGGCCACCUGUUCCACCGCGCCUGCGUCGACCCCUGGCUCCGGCAGCGCCCCACGUGCCCGGUCUGCCGCACGUCGCCGCUGCCCAGCCCCAUGCCCACGCCGCUCGCCGAGGUCACGCCGCUGGCGUCCGCGCGGCCGUCGUGAGGGCUGUUUUUUUUUCCUCUCUCUCUCUCUCUCGCGCUCGUGUGUCUGGCCUCUGCUACUCUGAUUGCUUCGUGCCUUCGUCCCGUCCCUUGUGCCGUUUCAUUUCUACGUACACAACACGGUGUGUGAUCAGCGCGCGAAUCAGUUUGGUUAGGACUUAGGAGUUUCAAAAUCUGUUCCUUUUGAGGAGUGUAAAUCUGGGUACAUAGUAGGGUAGCUAAGAUGUUCUUUGGUCUCUCAAGAUUAUGAAAUUCCAUCACUUUGGCA